ACAGUGUCUGGGGUGAACUUCCUCCUCUGAGGAGGGUCACUGUUCUGCCCUCACCCUCAGCUUCCUGUUGGAGCCUCCUCUAAAUCUUGAACUUUUAGUUUCUGAGAGAGAACCCUGAGAAACAACUUUUGUCGGGAAAUUUGGCGUCUCCAACCCCAGACAUGCUGCUGCUGCUGCUGCUGCUGAUGGCCAUGCUCUGGUGGAGGGAGGGGGCUGAGGGCCAUAGAGAGCCCUGGAAAUAUUACCAGACUUACCAGCUGCAAGUACAGAGGACGGUGGAGGUGCCGGAGGGUCUGUGUGUGCGAGUACCCUGCUUCUUCACCUAUCCCCAGGUUGGCUGGACUGAAUCUACCCCAGCUCAUGGCUACUGGUUCUGGGAAGGGGCCAAUACGAACCAGGACGCUCCUGUGGCCACAGAUGACCCAGAUAGAAAAGUGCAGGAGGAGACCCAGGGCCGAUUCCACCUCCUUGGGAGCCCCCAUACCUACAACUGCUCCCUGGACAUCAGAGAUGCCAGGAGGACGGACAACGGAACAUACUUUUAUCGAGUUGAGAGAGGAAAAGCAAAAUGGAAUUACCAAGAAGACUAUCUCUCUGUGCAUGUGAUAGCCCUGACCCACUUACCUGACAUUCUCAUCCCGGAGACCCUGCAUUCUGGGCACCCCACGAAUCUGACUUGCUCUGUGCCCUGGGCCUGUGAGCAGGGGACACCCCCCAUCUUCUCCUGGAUGACAUCAGCCGUCACCACCUUGGGCCCCAGGACCCGACGCUCCUCGGCUCUCACCCUCACCCCACGGCCUCAGGACCAUGGCACCAGCCUCGCAUGUCAGGUUAACUUGCCUGGGGCUGGAGUGACCAGGACAAGGACUGUCCUCCUCGACGUGUCCUACCCUCCGCAGAACUUGACCGUAACCAUCUUCCUUGGAAACAGCACAGCACCCACAACCCUGGAGAAUGGCUCAUCUCUUUCAGUCCAGGAGGGCCAGUCCCUGCGCCUGGUCUGUGUUGCCGACAGCAACCCCCCUGCCAGGCUGAGCUGGGCCCGUGGGAGCCAGACCCUGAGCCCCUCACAGUCCUUGAACCUCGGGGUCCUGGAGCUGCCCCAGGUGGAGUCAAGUCACGAAGGCAAAUUCACCUGCCAAGCUCAGCACCCUCAGGGCUCCCUGCACAUCUCCCUGAGCCUCUCUGUGCAGAGAAAAGCGUGUCCUUCAUCAGGAGCGGCACUGGGGGCCAUCAGUGGAGCAGGUGCUACAGCCCUGCUCUUCCUGUCCUUCUGCAUCAUCGUCAUCAUAGUGAGGCGCCACAAGAAGAAGGCAACAAGGCCAGCAGCAGGCGUGGGGGACAUGGCCAUGGAGGGUACCAUCGCUGUCACCAGCUCAGUCUGUCAGGGUUCUGUGAUUGAAUCCCGGGCAGGCAGCGUCUCAAAACACCCUCCCCCAGAGGUGGCUGCCCCCUACUCAGGGGAGGAAGAAGAGCUAUUUUAUGCAAACCUCAGCUUUCUUGGGAUGAAGCCUCAGGACCCGCAGGAACAGGAGGCCACUGGUGGUGAGUACUCCGAGAUCAAGAUCCACAAGUGAGCAGUUGCAGAGCCCCUGCCCUGGCUUCAGAGACCACGGUCCUUGAGGCCAAAGAAAAAAAUCACAGACUGAUGCCUGCAGAUUUAAAUGCCCGCUAAAUGGUGUAAAUAGCAGAGCCUUUGGAACUAAAGAGUUUUGAAUUAGAAUCCACACUCUCCACCUUUACUAAGUAAGUGACAGACCAACCCUCUCUCUGUGUCUCGGUUUCUUGUUCUGUGAAACACGCAUGAGAAGCUCUACCUGGAAGUCUGUAGUGAGAAUUCUGGGAGUAAAGUCCUAUCAGAGCACCUGCCACAAAGUGGAUGCAGAACACAUGCUGGAUCCCUGUGAUUUGGACAGAGGGAUCUGCUGGGGAUCUCUCCUGACUCAGGAGAGGACUAGCAUCAGACCUCAGACCUUGCAUCCUGAGGUCCCUCCUGCUGAAAUGUCCUCCCGCUGGACCUUCAUCUGCUUCUGUCCUUGAGAGCCGAGCUCAAGAGGCAGACUCUGGGUUGAGAUGGGAAAGUCAAACAGCAGCUUAUCAUCACAACCUGUGGAGACGAACCAAACCAGUGAGGAAGGUUCCCAAAUGGUCACAUGACCAUCUGAUGAAUGAAACUGCAUGAUCCCAAAAUCCUCUACAGCACCCACCCAAAGAAAGGAAUGCAUCACAGCAGCCACUGCAUAGAGUAGCCUGAUGGAAAGAAAUCAAAGGAUUGAUGGGGCAUUAAAAAUUCCCUGUAAAUGGACCCCAGCCCAUUUAUAACAGCACCAAAACCCAUAAAGUACUAAGGAAAGCUUUUUUAUUUAAAUAUGCAAUGCUUCUGAAAAAUACAGAAUAUUGCUGACAGAAGUUAAGGGAGAUUCAAAUGAAUGAAGAAAUAUAACGUGUUCAUGGAUUGGAAGACAGAAUAUUGCUAACACGCCAGUUUUGUCCACACUGAUUUAAAAUAAUACCAGUCAACAAACAUAUAUAUAUGGAUGUAAAUAAGCUUAUAUCUGGAUGUAUAAGCAUAUAUAUGUGUGUGUGUGUGUACAUACAUAAUUUGACAAUUUGAUUCUAAAAUGUAUGGAAAUGUAAAGACCUAAAAUAGCGAAAUAUUCCCAAAAAUAAGAACACAGUUGGAGAAGUCAGACUUUACUAUAAAGUGGAGUAAUCAAGAGUGUGGUGUGGCAGAACAGAGUCCAUAAAUAGACCAGCACAUUACACAUGGUGCACUGAGCAGCACCCAUUCUAUUCAACUGGGAAAAGGACGACUUCUUGACAAAUGUGGUCGAAAAAAUGGAUCAAGGCUUGGAAAAAACUGAUCUUAUAAAUUAUAUAAUGGGUUUAUGUAAUUGGAAUCAUGCGGUAUAUACUCAUGU